GAGAGGUAACAAACUCUCACAUAGACGUAACAAAAUAAUCCUCCUUUCUGAUAUUUCAUUUUCUAACCAAUUUCGAAACGUCAGCAGGUGUUGUCCAUUACACCAGCACCUUUUCUCAAUCUUACUAACAUUUUUCCUCAUCGUUUUUUAAUGUUCUAAUACACAUGUAGGCCAGUCUAAUCUAAUGAAUGUCUGUGUGUAGGUGCCUAUCGUAGGGCUACUUAGAAUGCCAGACGCCUUGAAAUGAACAAAUAAAUAAAUAGCUACAUGAUAGUAAAACCCGCAGGCUCUGAAUUUUCCGUUUCCUACAUUUCCGUGUGCACCUGGAGGCGGCCUGUGCUCAGCGCUGUGAAUCACACGGGCGGCGUCAGCUCGACACCAUCGAGCCUAAGUGAAAAGUUACAGGUGAAGUGUCUCCAGUUUGUGUUGUGUGGAGCUGCGCUGAUUUUCACCGCGAGCCCAAUGGAUGGAGCAGGACUCCAAAACCUGAACAGAACUCCAAAACCUGGUCAGUUGAUGUCUGGUUUACACUGACCUGUCAAAUGUCAACACCCACAUUCCUUCAGAGUUGUUAUGGCCUCAGAGAUGAUGUGGCCUACCUGCAACAACAGCCACAAUGUGACCUUUUUCUACAACUGGGUGGGGAAAAAGAUCAACACAGAAUGGACCACCCGAGAUGCUGUGGUUAUUGGACUUGGGCUUACAGUUUGUCUCGUAGUUGUCCUGGCCAACCUCAUGGUCAUGAUAGCCAUCUUCAAGAACCACCGCUUCCACUUUCCCAUUUACUACCUCCUGAGCAACAUGGCAGCUGCUGACUUGUUUGCUGGUGUGGCUUAUAUCAAUCUUAUGCUGAACACUGGCCCUUGGACCAGCACACUCACAAAAGAGCAGUGGUACAUACGAGGAGCUUUGAUUGAUAUUAGUCUCACUGCCUCCGUCGCAAACCUUUUGGCUGUAGCCGUAGAGCGCCAUCAAACCAUCAUGACCAUGCAGCAGCACAGUAAAAUGACCAAGCGCCGUGUGUCACUGCUUAUAGUGUGUAUCUGGGUGGUUAGCAUCCUCAUGGGGCUGAUUCCAUCCACGUUUUGGAACUGUGAGUGUGACCUGAAUGACUGCUCCACUGUGGCACCUCUUUACAGUCGCAGGUUUCUUGUUUUCUGGGCAGCUCUGAACCUGCUCACAUUCUUUAUUAUGGUGGCGAUGUACACUCGUAUCUUCUGUUAUGUCAGAUACCAAAGCAGAUACUCAUCAGGCCACACCAGCAACCAGACUGUUGACAACCUGAUGAAGACUAUUUUCAUGGUUCUAGGUGCUUUCGUGAUCUGUUGGACUCCUGGACUGGUGACCCUGCUGCUGGACGGGCUGCUGGGAAAAGCCAGUCACGCCAAUGCCUUUGAGAAGUUCUGCCUGGUGAUAGCAGAGUGCAACUCUUUGGUCAAUCCAAUCAUAUAUUCUCUACGGGACAAUGAGAUGAGGAGCACUUUUAAAUCAAUCUUGUGCUGUCUGUGUCGUGGAUGUCCUGGCCAGCAGAGGGCGCGCUCUCCGAUUGCGAUAGACCCGCCGUUUCCUGAGGAAACUCUUGACUGUCUGCACAAGCCAGAAGAAGCCCAUGGUUCACCUCGAAAUAUAAAUAGAAUAUUUGAACACGCCUGAGGCCCCACAACUAAAGCAACAUUGUUGUCUGAUGUCGAUGAAAACUAAUGUGUUUGGAAUUGUACAAUUACUGAAUGAACAUGUCUGAUGGAUCAAGUCAUUACAUUAUAGUGAGUUUUGUAAGACA